CAGCGUGAAAUCAAACUUAUUUCAGUGUUUUUGAUUUGAAUGUAAAAAGCGCACGCUCGCCCAGUCGCUGUCCAGUCGUUGUCCAGUAAAGUCCAGCGGAGCAGCAGCAGCGGCAGAUCGGUCGCAACAGCAGCAACAGCAGCAUCAGCAGCAAUUCGCCCAACAGUGAUGUAGAAACCAUAAAACCGUAUAACGAUGGUCAAACAGUGUGUGCGUGUGUAAAACAAUAACUAAAAACAUAAAAGCAAAAAAAACGAAACGAAACGAAACGAAAAGAACAAGGAUAGUGCGCUAAAAAGUGAUAAAUCGUAUGCCAAAGUCGAGAGAAUCUCUGUAAAUUAGUCAAGUUUCCUUAUAACAAACGGAAGAUAAACGCGCAUCUAGUACCUGUUAAAGCGAAUUUUAGCACAAUGGAUUACCUCACAAUGUUCUACGACGGCUGGCGGGAUCUGAUGGACAACAAAUCGGAUCCGCGAACACGAGACUACCCGCUCAUGAGCUCGCCGUUCCCCACGAUAGCCAUCAGUCUGACAUACGCGUACAUCGUGAAGGUACUCGGACCCAAGCUCAUGGAAAACAGAAAGCCUUUCGAGCUCCGCAAAGUCUUGAUCGUUUACAAUGCAGCGCAGGUUAUCUUCAGUGCCUGGCUUUUUUACGAGUCCUGCAUAGGUGGAUGGCUCAACGGCUAUAACUUGCGAUGCGAGCCCGUUAAUUAUUCCUACUCGCCCAAAGCGAUUCGUACCGCUGAGGGCUGCUGGUGGUACUACUUCUCCAAGUUCACCGAGUUCUUCGACACGUUCUUCUUUGUGAUGCGUAAGCGUUACGAUCAAGUGUCCACGUUGCACGUGAUCCACCACGGCAUUAUGCCCGUCUCCGUCUGGUGGGGCGUCAAGUUCACCCCCGGUGGCCACUCGACCUUCUUCGGCUUCCUGAACACCUUCGUGCACAUCUUCAUGUACGCCUACUACAUGCUGGCCGCCAUGGGACCCAAGGUGCAGAAGUACCUGUGGUGGAAGAAGUACCUGACGGUGAUGCAGAUGAUCCAGUUCGUCCUGGUUAUGGUGCACUCCUUCCAGCUGUUCUUCAAGAACGACUGCAACUACCCCAUCGGCUUCGCCUACUUCAUCGGAGCCCAUGCGGUUAUGUUCUACUUCCUGUUCUCAAACUUCUACAAGCGUGCCUAUGUGAAGCGCGAUGGAAAGGACAAAGCGGCGGUGAAGGCGAACGGACAUGCCAACGGACACGUGAAGGCGCUCAAGGAUGGCGAUGUGGCGCCAACCAGCAACGGCCAGGCCAACGGCUUCCACAACACCUUCUCCAAGUUCACCACGGAUAUGUGCAAUCCGGCCCUGAACUCCUCGACGAGACAGCGCGUGCUCGUGAACGCCGGCAACAAGUGAGCGCCGCCAGCCAACCAGCCAGCCAGCCAAACAUGAAACACACAUAAGCAUAAAUUAAUUACGCUACCAAUUAAAAUACCGUACAUUUAAAUUAAACGUAAGCAUAGGGAGUCCAAGCCUACAUCUAAGCCAAAUCGAAUUCGCACCAAGAUCAAUUGAAGACAAGGAAUCAAAAACAUUAUUUCAUGGACAAUCCAUGGUGAUCGCACGUAAGGAUCACAAAUCGCUGGCAUACCGCUGUCCAUCGAUCAUUUCUCAGCUACAAAUAUAUCCACAUUUUGCCCCCAACACUCUCCGCAUCCCGUCAUCCAUGUUCAUGUACAUAGAUCGUUUAUAGCUGCUGCUAAUUUAGUGGUACGGCCUUCAUCUACUUUAAUACUUAAGUACACCCUUUCGGGGACGAGGUCGGGAUGGUCAAUAGAGUCCAGGAUCCGUUCCCAAGUGUAUUUCCGCUUUCCGUAUCUAUCGCUCUACAAUUUUGUAUUUUUCUUUAUGCAAGCGACGCUUUUUAAUACGUGUAUUUUAUUUCUAUGGAUUGUUUUGAACAAAAGAAAUGUGUUUUUAUUUUAUAAAUAAAUUCGAGAUUAAAACGUA